CUCUACCCCAGUUGUCAUACUGUUGUUAGCCAAGCAAGGCGUACGGGCGAGCUCCCUCCGUCGCCUUCACCCGAGUGUGGUGCGCUCCAGCUCAUCCCGCGAGGAUUAGUUAUGGUGGAUUUAUAAAGAGCAUUACCAGGUUACCGUGGUCUCCGUGCACACACUAGAAGCUCCUGCUGUGUCGUCUUAGGUACAGCAAGUUACUCUGCUGAAAAACUUAAUCUGAAAGAAUAUCGCUGGUGGUGAUAGGGAUUUUGUGGUGGUCGUGUAAAUUAAAAAUCGGCAUCAUCCCGUUCAACGUGUGUCCAGCAGGCACCUGCACCAUGGGUAGCUACGGCAUGCUCAUCAACACCCCAGCCUCGUACGGAGACCAUGAAGAUCCUUACCCGAGCCUCAGUGACUACCACGACUACGAGCCCAACCUGGAGUUCGACGACACCGAGCUGCAGAGUGCCAGCUCCGUCACUGAUCUGCAGGAGCUUCUCCCAGCUGCUCCAGAUUACUUGGAGUCACCAGUGUCAGAUGGCACCAUUGAGGAGAAUUUUGAGGCCGAGCUAGGAAGUGCUCUUGGGGAGGAGGAUGAACAGGCACUCCACCACACCUUCACUGAUGAUAAUGAUUUCACAGAUAUUGCCAGACAUGGUAUUGUUGAUAUUGUUGGUGAUGAUACCUAUGGCAGGAAGGUCAUCGUGGUGUCUGCGUGCAAGAUGCCCAGUAAUAAAGUUUUCAACCAUGAAAAAUUUCUGAAGUACCUGAUGUUUACAUUAGACCAGUAUGUUGAGCAGGACUACUCGCUGGUGUACUUCCACUAUGGACUUAACAGCAAGAACAAGCCUCCUGUCUCAUGGUUGUGGUCAGCAUACAAAGCUCUUGAUCGCAAAUAUAAGAAGAAUCUCAAGGCUCUCUAUCUGGUCCAUCCAACCAACUUUAUCAGAGUUGUGUACAAUAUCUUCAAACCUGCCAUUAGUGCCAAAUUUGGACGCAAGGUGAUGUAUGUGAACUACUUACAUGAGCUGCAGCAGCACCUUCACCUCGGCCAAUUACCUAUUCCUCAACGUGUCCAACAGCAUGAUCAACAACUUCUUGCAAAAUUGAAAAGCCUUCCCAAAACUCCUGGGGCAGGAUCCAAUAAGCCUCUUCCCACACAGCAGUUUGGUGUAUCUUUACAAUACAUCAAAGAUGCGAGUGAUCAGGACCCAAUUCCUCCUGUACUAAAAAACUGUAUCACCUUCCUUGAUCAUCCAGAUGCUCUAGAAACGGAAGGACUUUUCCGUCGAUCUAGUGCAGCAGCUGUGGUGAAAAGUGUACAGGAACGCUUCAAUAAAGGUGAAGACGUGAACUUUGAUUUAGACACUGAUGUGCACACAGCAGCAGUAAUCAUCAAAACCUUCCUUCGGGAGCUAGAAGAACCUCUAAUGACUUUUGAUCUUUAUGAUGAAGUUAUCGAGUUUCAAGGUCUUAACAAGAGUGAUCGCCUCACUACUAUUAAGCAAAUAAUUCUGGAAAAACUACCUGAGGAUAACUACCUCGUUCUCAAGUUCAUUGUAAACUUCCUGUCAAAGGUAAUGGACCGUAGUGAUUUGAACAAGAUGACUGCAAGUAAUCUUGCUGUAGUAUUUGGGCCAAACCUUGUCCGACCCCGAGGAGGACAGAUGUCUCUAAAUGCUAUUGCUCCCAUCAACCUUUUUGUUGAGGUCAUGUUAUCUUCACACCACCAGAUCUUCGUGCUCUGAGGCUAAAUAGCCAUCAUUCCAAUCCAAGUGAACUCGUAGCAUGACCUGAGUUUUACAUAUACAUUUUAAAUGCCAUAACCUUAUGUUAAAAUCCUUUUAACACAACCAUUAAUACUUGUUAACUGAAAUUUGUGUUGGAUCUUUGGCACCUGAGUAAUCCAACCUCAGAGACAAGUAUGUCAUUACUUGUGUAUUUGAUAUCCACCAUUUAACCUUUCUCCAUCUCAUAGGGGUGGGAUAGGUGCACCAAACCAAAAGGUUUCAGCACCAUUGCAUUCAUUUAGUCGCAUCUUUCAACACACAGGGGAUGUGAAGGAUCUGUCCUACAAGACCUGAUCCCCUAGACUAGUUUCAUGUAAUAAUUAAGUUCAGUGAUCAUGAUAUCAUCCACUGCUGUUAUGGUAAUCAUUUUCUACCAGUGAUCAAGUUUUCAUGAUUAUGUGUUGAUCACUUUCAUCAGACUAAACGACCUCAUGUCAGAACUUCCUUAGUUAGCCGGGAAAAAAAAUAUAUAAUAAGGACAGCUUGAAUGAAUCAUGCAUUUAUUCUUGAAGAGAAAGACAUAAGAUGAAUAUUACAUUAUUUAUUCUUGCUUUGUAUAAUCUUUAUCAUCGUAUGCAACCCAAUAUCUGGAGGUUGCAAGUACAAAACACCAGAGGAUUAAUUUUGUCAUUAAAGUUUUUGGCAUUUAAAUGGUUUACUCGUAUCAAAGUUCAGAAUAACUUGGUACAAAAUUUGCAAUGCUUCUCAGUGGUAUUGAACCACACUCAGUCAUUAAAUUUUUCUUAUAUUUUGAUGCUAAAAAUCAUUCUAAAACUUUCUACUUUUGACACUUUUUUAUGAAGGGCUUAGCAAAUUGUCAGUUCACCCCAUCUGCACAUUCUACAUAAACACUACUGUGUCUAAAACAAGACCUUACAAACCUUUUAUUUAUAAAUAAAAUAUAAAUGCUCUUCUGAUGACCAAAAAUUUUUUUUAUAAGGAAUUCGUUUAUUGAAAUUUAAAAUUAACAUGGCCUAUAUAAUUGUCAAGUAGUACUAAUACUGGUAAUACUGUAAUUUAGUUUUGAAUAUUAGUAAAUAGAUACAGUAUAUUUCAUUAUUUUAGAAUAGAGCUCAUAAAACUCUUAUGUCAUCACAAGGCCCAUUUUCUUUUAUUUUAAGAGAUCAUCUUAGUUGUCAGCUGAUAUAGUAGUAUGCUUAGUAUGUAACUGUUCAGAAUCUGUGCCUUCAAAAUAUUCACUGAAAUUAUUUAUGAUUUUUCACUCAGUGCAAUCAGCAUAAAAAUUAAAUUUCUUGACAAGAUUAUUUUUAUUUUGUAUUAUACAUUUUGUUGCUAUAUAAAUAUAAACACUAGAAAUAGGGUUUUUUUUUUAAUGUCCAGGAAAUAUGGUUUUAUAGAUCACAUAGAUUAUACAGUAUAGCUUCCAAACAUAUGAAAUAAUUUAUGCAAUUUUUGUUUUAAAUGUCAGUACAGUAUUAUAAAGGUAUACAUAAUAUUUUUAUUUUUAACACAGUCAUGUAGAAUCUGUUAUUGUUAUAUCCUCAUCACUUCAGUACAUAGUCUUAUUCAUUCAUUUUUUUUCAAAUCACUCAUUCAUGUGAAUAGUUAUUGCUUCAUAUGUUUCAGCAUUCCCUUGAUUAUCUAGGAUUCAUUACCUACUGAGAGAGCAUGUUAGUUAUACAGUACAGUCAUUAAGUGAGGGUUGAGCCAGCAGUGGUAUGAGAACACUACCACUCAUCUGCCUGGUUAGUCCUGCCCCUCACAAAAACUGAGCUCAUAGUAAGCAAGUACAGUAAUUAGAUCUUUAAAGAAAGCUACACAUACAAUGUAGCUGUAAACCAAAGACAACAUAGAUAAAUAAUUUAGAAGACAGUUUACAUAAUCUCUUUGAAAUCAUACUCCAUCUUUUUUCUUUUUUGUAUAGGGUAAGACAAGAAUGAUGAAAUAACAUUUUCAACUUCUCCAAAUAGAAUUUGCAAGUCUAGCAUGGAAGCAAGUCAAAGGGCAGUCUUGUACAUGGAAAAAUGCCAUAUUUGAUAUAGGUAGAUAAAAACCAGUUGAGGUUUCAUUAAUAAGAUGAGUGAAUCUAAUUUAUUUUGUAUAUAAGACAAUUUUUUUAAAUAUGGUUAUUACUACAACUUCCAUGUUAAGAUUAGCAAAAUUCUAUGAUAAUAAUCAAUGAUUGUAUACUAGAUGCGUGUUUUAUACGAGCUUCAUACACAGAGAGCACACAUAUUUAGUAUAUCACAUGUUUAGUAAAUCAUACUGUAUAAAAGAAAUUACCUUCGCUGUGGCAGUUUAUAAGAGGUUGUGUAUGGCCAGCCACACAGUGUUGUUUACUCAGACUCCUUAAGGUUAUUUAAUCCUGUGAAACAUAAAAUGUAAAAUAUACUUUAAAAAUAGAUAGAGCAUUGGAGGAACUGCCAUAGCAAAGAAAAUUCAAACAAUGCAGUGUAACGAGUGUAAAGAAAUCAAAGGCACAAACAUGUGAUCUUUGGAAAAUCAUCAUAACCCAUGUUAUUAAAGGAAAUUAAUUUGGCUUGUGGUACCUGUUAACAGUACAGUAUUAUAGUCUGACAGUAAUUCCAUAACUUUGAAAUGUUAUAUAAAUGCCAUGACUGUUGCUGAUAUACACUAACAUAAUACAGACAUUCCCUUCCACAGAAAAAAAAUAACAAUGAAGAAAUGCAAAAGAUUUGAUAAGUCAUAAAUGAUGCAGUACAGUCACAGGAUUUUGGGUAGUGGUCAUUUUCUUUAGAUUCACAAAUAUUUUAGUGAUAGCACUCAAAUAGUGAUGGUGUGUCCAAUUUACUAUCUAGUGGUACAUGGAAAGAGUAUAAGUAUACAUAUGAAAUACAAUAUAUAUUUUUUAAGGUUGAGUGACAAAUUUGUAAACUGGUUAUGGAACAAUUCAAAACUGCCAAAUAAGUGUUUCCAACGUGAUAGUAAGUGUCCAUUGCAUCAAAUCACAUUAUGAUAAAGAGAUUGAUGUGAAAUUGGAAUUAUUAAAAUGUGACAUAAUUAAUUGGGAAGUAGCUACCAGUAAAACUGAUAGAUGUACAUUGCAAAGGAUGAAUAAAUGUAUCAUCUUCAGCCUGAAUUGAAAUGUUUGACUGUUUCAGUCACCUCAUCUUUGCUGUGAAUUUAACAGCUACAAGACAAUGGUGAAUGAAAUACAUUAAGAAGAGCUUUAUAACUGUAGUGUAUAGUUACUAGAAUGUUAAGUUAAAAGUGAAUGAUGUAGUGCUCAGCUACACACACAGACACAGACACACAGUAAUAUCAUCAUGAAAUAGUGUUUAUGCUGUGGUGAUGGAAGUAUUACUUGUAAUAAGUGAGACAUAAUUGUGGAAGCUGUUCCUUUGUUUCUUCUGGAAUUCCAAUUGUUACCCUUUAUAGUGUGACAAGAUCAGUGAUUGUUAAUUGUGUUAUGAAAUAUUCACAUUUACGGUAGGUCAUUCCCUGGUUACCUAAGUUCGCUCUCUAAAUUACAAUUAGGAUUAAGAAUUCUUGACUGACGGGAAGUUAGUCUCUGUCAUAUAUUUUUUCUUAUUUGUAUAUAAUGUCGUUAACAAAACAUGAAGUACUGAGGCCCAUCAUAGUAAAUUUCCAUUUAUUAUUCUGUGAAUUGCACCUCACAAUUUUAAUUGAUUAUUACAUUUUAAUGCUAGGAAAAAGUCCAGACAUAUCAAAAGGUGCUGGUUUUGUUUGCUAUAAAUGUACUUAUUCAUCUACUUGGACAUUCUUCGGUGUUUCUUGUGAAGUACGUGUGUGGGUGAACUUUUGAUGAGAUAUUUUUGCACAUUCCUACCAUUUACACCUGUACUAUCACAUUUCAAGUGGGAAUUAAAAGUACAAAAUAUUCAGUGUUUAGUUUCACAUUUUAACAUUCCCAAAUGUAGUCUCUUUACAUAACUAACAACAAUACUGGUACUUCCAUAACUCGAAAAUCAUUGAAAUUUGAAGGAUCACUUGUGCUAACAGCCAAUCAAUAUGUAACACAUUGCAGUUGUCAUUUAUCUCUCUUUACUUGUGAUGUUUCAAGCAGUUGUUGGUGUAAUUACAACUAGUUACUUAAAAACAAAAUAAUCUGCUAUGUUUGCAUUCUUAAAUUGAUAUCUUGGUAAAAAUCUCACAGAAUUAUCUGAUUCCCGAUGACUGAUCUUGUCACAGAAUCCUCCAGUCCAUCGUAACGUUUGGAAUCAAUGAAGAAGUUUGUAAAGGGUCCAUGAUUAAAACAUUCCUUUAUAUUAAAAGAUUUGAGGAUAUAUGAUUUGUGAUCAUGAAUUUUGUUUUAUGCAUUCUUUACCAUAUUUUAGUUAUAGACUUAUGUACCUUUACCACUUGCAGUUAAGCACAAAUUACCAGACAUUUGACAUUGAAAAAAUAAGAAAUAGUUGACAUUUUUUCUUUUUCUUUUUUUCAGAAUUUGCAUUAUGUAAUUUAUAAUUGUAUUACAUGAUGCUAUCAGGAACACUUUCAGGGUAUUCCUUUCAUUUUCACAUUGUAGCACAGUCAGAAAUUGACUACAGUACUAUACAUAAUUAAACUAAAAGAGCAUUUAGUUAUGAUGCAAAUGUGUGAAUAUGUUUUCCAUGCAACAUUGAUUGUAUGAAUAUGUACAAAUGUAUUGAUUCUAAUGUUAUUGGGAUUACCUUAUGUAAGGUCUUGUCUAGAUCUGAAGUUAUAAAUCACAACAGGUGCAUAACUGCAAAACCGAUAAAACGAUGAUUGUCCUUGUAUGAGAGACAAAUAAUAUCAGAAUUUUCAUUUUAUUUUUUGUAUUUACUUAUGUUUUUUUUUUAUUAUUACUUAGGUUUUGGUGCAGCAUAUGGUUGAGGGGAAUUAGGCUAUGUAAACAUAGGGUCUAAAGCAAUUUAAAAGAACAAUACCAUCAUAAAAACAGAAUAAAAUAAUAAAUGUUAUAAUAGUGAGAGAUAUCCACUGAAAUACUGCCACAGUUAUUAUUAGAAACUUAUCAAAGAAAAGAAUCGGUGAUCUUAACUUUUGUCAACUGUUCAUAAAGUUAAGUUUGAAAUGUCAUACAAAAGAACAACAGAAUGGUUACAUAUCCCAAUAUUUUGUUCAGUGUUAUGUAAAACAAUAUUUGUAUGAAGUUAUUUUAUAUACAAAGUUUUAGGUUUAUUGUAUAUGAAACAAAAAUUAGCAAUGCAUACGGUAGAUGUUGAGGAUAGUUUAAACUCAUUCCUUUAUUUGUUAUAGUACAUAUAUAGGCAAUUGGUUGCAUGCCAAAUACUGUACUGUUUGACAUGUCAUUUUUGCAAGACAGUUUGCUUACCCUCUGUUAAUCAUAUGUAUGACAAUUCUCUCGCCAUUUGUUGUUCCACAACCUUGGUACUUACUUUGUUCAAUGUUUAGUAUGCAUUUUCCUGUAUGUAUUCAUGGAACUACCGUACUGUGAUGUAACGUCAUUCAAAAUUGAUUUUAAUAAUACAGUUAUUAAUGGUCUUAAUAUUUGUCUAGUCUGAGUGUAUAUAAUCUGAUAUUAAAAAUCUUAAUGUGUA